AACCAACUAGUCGAGCCCGAGCGAUUCCUCGAUUGCAGACGUGCGGUGGCGCGACGAGGAAUCAAACAAGAAAUAUGUGUAAAGUCUCGGUAAAUCGGGGAUAAUCACUCGUGGUUUACCCGUUUUUGGGAAACUGUGAGGUUCACACGAUUGAAGGAAAAUACGUGGAAGAGAAGAGAAAUGCAAGUGUGAAAUGUGUCUCUUCGGGAUGCAAGGUCGUGAGGUGCGUGAAAAGUGGCGAAAACUGUGAGUAAAAGUGGAUGGACGCGGCGCACCAGGUCGACCAGUCGAAAAACCAGGCGGCACACAAGAUGGCUGGGUGUCACUGAGAACCAGACGGCGUGCAAAACGAAUGAAUUCGCGGCUCGACUGGAAGCUGCAAAAGUCCCAAAAAAAGAUCAUGAUUGUGUCACAACACCUCAAUCGAACGUGAAGAUCAAGAGAUCCAGUACGAGGAGCGAGAGAAAACAAGAUCAGAGCAGAGAAACAGUUUUAGGCUCGCUCCACACAGUCUAAAAGACAAGAACGGAUAAAAGUUGAAAAGGGAUAGAUAGUGACGGAAACUGACCGGACCUUUGAUCGGCCUUCAAACCGCGGGAAUGUGUGACAUGUUCAUCCAAACUCAACAGACGAGCAGCGGCAGCAACAUUGCUCACCAUCACAGCAAAAAGCGCAAGUUGGAUUACAACGUGAGCCAACCAGUCAUCCAACACGCAUUGGUCCAAUCGACCAGCGACUACCAAUUGGACAAUCCUGGUUUGCAACGGUAUUCCGUAAGCGGUACCAACACCGCUUUUAACUCGCUGCACAAUAAUGCGCUGCAAAAGAGCAGUCCCAUCCAACAAUCUUUGGUGCGCACAUCGACGAUCAAACUUCUAGAUUCGUACCAACGUUGCGGUCAGAAGAGAAAAUCUUGGUCGAGGGAGGGUAAUGGUGAAGACUUGGCGGUUCAUACCGCCAAUACAAACAACACAACAGGUAACACUGUAGUCUCUCAGCAUCACACUCAACAACAACAGCAGCAACAGCAACAACAACAGCAACAACAACAGCUGCAGCAACACAAACAGCCAAGCACAAUGACGUCACAUAAUAAGCAAGUGACAAAUACGGGAAAUGGUGGUGGAGGUGGUGGUAACAAUCCUCAAGGGGAUGGAGAUUAUCAGCUGGUGCAGCACGAGGUUCUUUACUCCAUGACCAACCAGUACGAAGUCCUCGAAUUUCUUGGAAGAGGCACUUUUGGCCAAGUCGUGAAAUGCUGGAAGAAAGGAACAAAUGAGAUAGUUGCAAUCAAAAUUCUAAAGAAUCAUCCUUCCUAUGCGCGCCAAGGUCAAAUUGAGGUCUCCAUCCUGUCACGACUGAGUCAGGAAAAUGCGGAUGAGUUCAACUUUGUGCGUGCCUAUGAAUGUUUUCAGCACAAGUCGCACACUUGUUUGGUAUUUGAAAUGUUAGAGCAGAACCUCUAUGAUUUUCUCAAGCAGAACAAAUUUUCCCCUUUACCAUUAAAGUACAUCAGGCCAAUUCUUCAACAAGUUUUAACUGCAUUGCUCAAGCUCAAGCAAUUGGGUUUAAUACACGCGGAUCUAAAACCGGAAAACAUCAUGUUAGUUGAUCCAGUACGACAGCCUUAUCGUGUGAAAGUAAUUGAUUUUGGCUCGGCUUCUCACGUAUCCAAAGCAAUUUGUAAUACUUAUCUGCAAUCGCGAUACUACCGUGCGCCCGAAAUCAUUCUUGGACUUCCAUUUUGUGAAGCAAUAGAUAUGUGGUCGCUUGGUUGUGUCGUGGCAGAAUUAUUUUUGGGCUGGCCUUUAUAUCCAGGUAGUUCAGAGUACGAUCAAAUUCGCUACAUCAGUCAAACGCAAGGCCUUCCAACGGAGCACAUGCUCACAAAUGCUAGCAAAACUAUUAAAUUCUUCUACAGGGAUCAGGAAAGCACGUAUCCGUUCUGGCGAUUGAAAACACCAGAAGAACAUGAGGCCGAAACGGGUAUCAAGUCAAAAGAAGCGAGAAAGUACAUUUUUAAUUGUCUAGACGAUAUUGGUCAGGUAAAUGUGCCGACCGAUUUGGAGGGCGGCGAACUCCUUGCAGAGAAGGCUGACAGGAGAGAGUUCAUUGACCUCUUGAAGAGAAUGCUCACCAUGGACCAGGUAGAGCGUCGGAUAACACCUGGAGAGGCACUGAAUCAUGCAUUUGUGACAUUGGCACACUUGAUGGAUUACGCUCACUGCAAUAAUGUAAAGGCCUCCGUUCAAAUGAUGGAGGUCUGCAGGCGAACCGGUGAUUUCACCGCGAGUCCAGCGCACCAUCAAGCACCACCAGCACCUCAACCAGCACCUCCGACUUCUCUGGUCGCCAACUUUGUGCCAACGACAAAUGGCAGCGCUGUUACAUUAACUUUCAACAACCAAUUAAGUAAUCAAGUGCAGAGACUAGUCCGGGAACAUCGAACUGCUCAAAAUGGAUACGAUAAUUUGUAUCAAAUAUACAGUAACAGCAGCCGUCGAGCGACUCAAUACAGUGGUUCGUCUAGUGGAUCGAAUGGCGGUAGGAAUGGAGUUCACGAUUUUCCUCAUCAACUAGUGUCGGGAAUUCUUUGUCCACCUCCCGGUUACCAAACAAUGCCCAGUCCAGCGAAACACGUUGUAGUUGCUCAGCAGCCGCAAGCUCAGCAGGCACCGCUGCAGAUUCAAUCUUCGAUUAUCUCUCAACAAGCAGUUGCUGCUGCUGCAGCUGCUGCCCAACAGCAAUACGCUGCAGUUCCUGUCUCAAUGGUAGAAACCGGACGUCAGAUGUUACUAACCAAUGCUGUACAGACAUCUUGGCCUGGAGGUAGUCGACAAAUGGCAGCAAUCGUGCCGUCCUGGCAACAGUUGCCACCUCAACAUGCAACCAUACAACAACCUCUUCUCAGUGAUGCUGGAGACUGGGGUCGACCUCUUAUUGUCGAUAGUUCCGCUAUUUUACAGGAUCAGAGGCCAGUGUUCCCUGUAGCAGAAGUGUAUAACGCUAGUACUUUAGUUGAGCAUCCAUCACAAAAUUGGGGCAAGCGCAGUGUGACGAAGCAUCAUCAACAUCACCUCGCAGUGCCACAACAGUCGCAACACAGGCACGAGCAUAAAAAGGAAACGCAGCAGUUAAGUCCUGUGAAGAAGCGAGUGAAAGAAAGCACUCCGCCUAGUAACAUGAGACGUCAUUCUCCAACGAAUGGUCACUGGCAACAGCAGCCAGUUUCACAAUCCCAUCACUAUUCAACAAAACACAACAGCAACCACAGCACUGAGCAUCAACAAGUCUCUUAUGCCAGACAGCAAACUAUUACCAUUCACGACACUCCAUCGCCUGCUGUUUCUGUUAUCACGAUUAGCGACAGCGAAGAUGAAUCUCCCGGUAAAUGCUGCGGAGAUCGCCAGUGCGGAGCCUGUCAAAGUUUGGCACCUCGUCUGUCUGGCGAUGGACGUCCUGUCCGUGAGGAAGUCAUUCGAAGCACACAAUCGACACCCAGAACUAUACAGAGUACUCAACCAUCUCAUUCGACAAGCCACUUGCAUAUCAACGGACACAGCAGUUCGCAUUCUUCGUCAUCACAACGGGCUCAACGGAAAAACAUUAUCAGUUGUGUGACAGUAGGAGACAGUGAUGGAGAAGCCAGCCCAGGUCGGGUUAAUGCUCAUUUGUAUCAACAUUUGCCUCAGCAUCAUCAUCCGCAGUCGAUACAACACAUCAAACACGAGCCUCAACCACAGCAUCACAUCAGUUCGGGCUACUCUUCACAAUCACAGAAAAAGCGUUUAUUGGCAAAAGUUCAGUCUGAAUACAACAUGAUAAAUGUAGCAACAAAACCAGAACCUGGUGUUGAGUACAUAACUCCUCAUCCCUGUCACGCACCUGCUUGCAAGGAACCACCAACUUACCAAUAUGUGACGACGAGUAGCGCUCAUCCCCAUCUACAAGAGCAGCAUAUUGUAUACACCACUGGGGCUGACAAGCGAGUGUCUUGGCCUACAAAGCGGUCUGACUAUAAACACGAAUACGUUCAGCCACCAGUUGCUCACACGCGGGACCAUCAAAAAUGGGCUGUGGCCAAUUCAGUCCACCAAUACAGGCAGAGCCAGGUGGUGGGUUCAUCGGUGCAUCCAACUCAUAGCCACAGUCAUCAUGGACACCCAGCUCACCUGAGUCCUGGGGGUGGAGGCGGAGGCCGAAGUCCCACUGGAGGUCCCGUUGUUGGAAGUGCCCAACAUCUGGGACAACCACUGUACCAAGAGUACACGCAUGUGCGCUCGAGGGCCCAUCCCGUGCCUCCCCCAGUUUAUGUAACCGCUGCGCCUUCACAGGCUCCAUCCGCUAUCCAGCAACAACAAGUGCCCACCUAUCAGGGAUUUACACCCGGGUGGGUACCUAGACACCUAGUUGAUGCAUGCAUCUCGUCACCAUUAACGUUGUAUGAUUCUAGUCGUGCAUUGCCACCUCCAGCGCAUCACAGCUCAGCCAGACCAUUACUGGCAAGUCAUGCUGCACAUCCACUACCUGCACAUAUGCAACCAACUGCAGUCUAUGGUUUGGCCCCUCUUUCUCCAGCAAAACAACACUAUCAACCAUCCGGUUUGUGGUUUACCGAGUAGACAGUAAAGCUUCUUUAAGAGCGAUCGAUGAAAGAAAAAGGAAAUGAUUUAUUGUUCUCUAAAUAUUGGAACAUUAUAAUAAUGACGUAAAGCAAAGGUAAACUUUAGGAUAAAGAACAAAAUUUUUGAAAGUAGUCAUCAUCACCAGGGGGAUUAUUCAAUGCGCUGACUCUACGGUUUUUUUAAUUUUAUCUAAUUUUUUUCAAGAAAAAAAAAAAAAAAAAACAGUUCUCGAUCCAAACGUUAAAAUAUUAAUCCGUCCUAUGCAACGACUAUCCCACUUGGACUGCCUGCUUAUUAUCAUUAUAUACACAAAAGUCAUCAAAAGAAAAUGAGAAAUUUUAUUCUAAAUGUAUCAUUAUUUACAAUCAUUGAAUUAUUUACCUAAACUUUUUCUUUGCUUCACGCGUUAAUUUAAAAAAAAAACACAAAUUAUUAUUGGACAUUAAGAAAUUAAUCCAAAAAAAUGAAGAUAAGAGAAAGGGGAAAAAAUAAAUCGCCAGGAUGAACCGGAUUAAUGAAAAAAAGCAAAAUAUUUUCUACAUCGAAAUAAGAUGGGCAAAGAACUCAAUUUUAAUUUAACAGAAUUUUUUUAUUUCUGAAAAUGAAAUUUGACAAUGAGAAAAAAGAAUUUUAUGAAGUCUCUAUAAAUGCAAUUUGCAUGCUGGCAAAAGAAUAAAUUAUCCGCAAUGUUGACGGUGUACCUUAAUGAACGAUCAAGUCGUUUGGUAAAAUCAUAAUCGAUACAACGUAUAAGUUGUAUUUCUUAACUGAACGUUCGGUGCGUAACACAAAACGUUUUUUGUAUUGCCCUUCGUUAACGGAGUUCUUAGCUAUUUGAGCAAGAUUUAUCAAUCCGUUUACAACUUUUUUCGGGUCAGUAACGAUUCAAGUUCAGCAAAUCAGGUCUAUAGUGCUUUAGGUUUUAAGUCCUUUUUAAAGAAACAAAAAUUAAAACACGCCCUUAGUAGGCGCAACCAAAUGCGCGUGUUUAGCAAAAGAGUAUUAAAAGUUUUAACGAUACUGUUCGUUUUGCUUAAGCUAUGUUUUAGUAGAUCAGAAUAAAUCCUGAAUAAAGGAAUGAACAUGCACGAAGUUCUCCUUUUAUCCAAUUUGUACAGAAGAAGAAGAAGAAGAAGAAGAAGAAGAAGAAGAAAACAAUUUUUAAUGUAAGAGUCAUAAUCGGCUGUAAAACUGAAAACUUUUUGUAGUUAUGCUGUGAAUUUAAAGCAAGGAAAAGAAAUAGAAACAGCAAUAUUAUUUAUUCAUUAAUCUCAUCUACAUUCGUAGUUAUCGAUCUUAAUCGAUAGUUAUUCGAGAGAAGUAUAUCAGUCUUAUUUCAAAAACUUUCCAUAAGUUUAUUCUAAGAACAAUAUAUAUAUAUAGUAAGGGACAUUUUUCUUUUAUUGUUAAUCUGAGAAAAUGAAAAUUAUUAAUUUAUUUUCUCGGAGGAAAAUAUCUGUUAAUGUUACAGAUUUAAAUAAAAAAAAGUUGAAGCAACAAACCAUUCUUUAAAAAAUAUUACAAGUCUUUUUUGUAAAUAUUGCCAGAAAAAUGUUUGAAUUAAAAGAAAGCGAUGAAAAAUCAGUAACAAUCACAGACUUUUUUCUCCACAUCCACCAUCACAAUAUACAAUAAUUUUAGGUCUGUUGCUAUUGUCAUAAUGUAUAUAUUUUUUUGUAAAUAGAAAGAAAAAGAAACAAAGCGAUUGCAUUGCCAGAACAUUUGAAUCGCAAUAGUUUUAUAUUUGAUGCACUCUUACACACGUUUAAACGGGAUCAUGAUAUAUCUAGCUCUUACUUACAGUUUACUUGACCAAUAAUACAGUUUUUCUAUUGGUUGGUUUGGUUUAGGCUAUGUGCGCAGUUCGUUCACUUGGAACAUUUUUCAUUUUGCGCAAGAUUAUAAAGUCUGAUCCUAAUGAAAUUGUUUCAAUAACUGCAUCCUAGAAACUAAAUUAUAAACGGUCGUAAAAUUAGGAUUGCAAUAGGUCAUAGCUGGUGUUCAACACUUUUAAUUAUCAUUAAUAUUAAUAUUAUGAUUAUCUCUACUAUUAAUAUCAUUCUUAUUUUUUAUUACUAUUAGUUAAUAGUUAAUAUCUUUUGCUUUAAAUACCUUUCUAAGAGAGGUAGGAAAAUAUUCACUGGUUUAAAUAUUUUGUCACUAAUUCCUUCAUAUUGCAACGAAGGAGUUAGUUUUUCUAUCUGUAAAUAGACAAUUUUUUUGUGA